GUUUUUAAAAUUUUCACAAUAUCGUGUUGUUUUUUUUAACUUUGUGCUGCUAUAAAGUUUUGUUGACGAGGCUUAAUUUUUCUAGAAGAGUUCUGUUGUCAAACAAGGAGAAAAGAUAGUAAUCAGUGAUAAUUGUUUGCCUGGUGUCUUGUCUGUUCUGCUUUGUGGUUUUACUUCAGAUGGAGUAUUAACUAGAAAACAAUCUAUUAGAUAACAAAACUUAAAGAAAUUUAGUAUUUGUUUUUUGAAAGAAAUCAACUUGGAUUUUGUCACUGCUGCAAGUACAAUAGAGGUCUCGUCCAACACUUGUGCCAUUAGUGACUUCUCAUGAUUUUAGAUUAUGUAGUUUAAGAAGCAAACAAGACUCAUUCAAACAAACCUUUAGAGGAACUGUCACUUGCCAUGGAGUCAUCCGAAAGUCGGUCAACACAAAUAACAGUUAGUGAUAGUAUUUCUAUGAGCUUACUAAACACUGAAUGUGAGAAUUUUGAUAGCUGCCAGACCAGAAAGUUUAAGCAGGUUGGUGCCCUCACUGGUGUUACAGAUAGCCUAAAGAAGUCAGUGAUAAGUCUAGUGAAUGAUUUUGCAAACAUGCAGGUAAUGCCCUUACAUGAAGAGAAAUGUUGUCAUGUUAGUAAUAUCCUUGAUAGCAAGGAUGAGGAGACAAGUAUGAGUAAUCAGAAAGAUAAGUCAGAUAAACAAAGAUCUAAUAACAGUCCUAAGUUCUCAUCAUCACAGAAAAUAUUCUCACCACCCAUAGAAGAAAAGGUUGAUACUCUGUCUUGUACACCAGAAACUAGCUUUUUAAAUUCUACUGUUCAUAAAGACUUGCACAUGUAUAGCAAAUUUGAAGCAAUAGAUUCAACUGAAACUGUAACUGUGAGUAAUGCAUGUAAAGAAUCUUUUGUUUCAUCAGUAAGCUACGAAGAUGUUGGUAUAUGUAUGGAAAUAUUUGCUCAUGAUGAUAAAGGCUAUCCAAAUGAUGAUGGAUCAAUUUCUUAUGUAGCUGUUCAAACAAUAGAUUCAAGUUCUAUUCCCAACAGUGUCACAGAGAAAACCUAUAAGAUGGGAGAUAUAAAUACCCCUGUCCACAAUGAUUUAGUUCCCACUGUUUCUGAUUAUCUUGAUCAUUCCAUGAUACCAAGGAGAAUUACUGAUAACCCUCAUUGUGGAGUUUUUUCUGAUGCUCAGAGUGAGCACUCAAGUGAUAGUGGAAAGGGUGGGAGUGAUGUCCCAACUUGCCCUGAAAACCCUGACUGUACCCCAGCAGAAAUUCAUCUAGCACUACAGUUAAUUAGGAAUAGAUUCCUGUCAAAUCAGUUCUCUUCCUUGACUUUAGCCCAAGUGAACAUUCCUCUCAUGUAUAGUAUUCCAGUGCCACAUACUUUACAGCUUCACUUGCCAGAAGGUGUGUCAUGUGAUGUUAUCUUAUCAAGCAUGGUCAGUGCAGGUCACUUCUUCCUGCAGCAGCCCACACAUCCCACAUACACCUCACUGAGUUGCCUUGACCAGUGUAUGAAUGCUUGCUAUGCACAGACAGAAACUCCUCUACUACCACUUCCUCUUAAACCUGGUGUUAUCUGUGCCGCACCUAUCAUGGAUGGUUGGUUCCGUGUUCAGGUUGUUUAUGUUUAUGAAAAUAUGGAAGAGUGUAAUGUCAAGUUUGUUGAUUAUGGUGGAUAUUCUACCUUACCUAUUGCGUCUCUUAGACAAAUUCGGAGUGACUUCAUGACAUUACCUUUUCAAGCAGCUGAGUUCUAUCUUGCAAAUGUGAAGCCUGUAGAUGAAGAACUUGGCUGGUCUGUGGAAGCAUGUAAUACUUUUGAAGAAAUUGCUCAAGGACAGAUUUUGAAAGCAAUAAUUGUUGCUUAUGCUGAAGAUGAAAUUCCAUGUGUCAAUCUUUAUCGUGUGCAGGGAGUCUCAGUAAGUUAUUCUGCUUUUUUGUCAUGUUAUAGUAGUUUAUCCAUGCAAUCAAGCAACCCUUUCAGAAUGGGUAUGAUAGUUUGA